GGGGCUGCAGCUUUUCCCCUGCGGGAGCCUGUGCGCUGGGGCAGGAGAAGAGCCAGGGGGAGCGGGCUGGGCCCGGGGCUGCGGCUGCGGCCGCGGGGCUGCGGCUCCCCAGCCCCGCCAGCCGGAGCGCUUGGAGGUAGAGGAAAGGUCUUGACGGGGUGGCUGGACCCCAGGCAGAUUCAAAUCCAGGCCAACUGUGUGGCUCUCUGAGGUAUUGGAACAGAAGGAGGUCCAUUCCUGUUGGUGACAACACUGUGGCCCUGCUCUGGGAUGAGCAAGGUGUAAAGGUUUACCCCAAGAAGGAACAGCUCAGUCCUUGCAUCUUGUGGCAGCUGCCCAGCACUGAGUCCAUCAGGGCUGAAGUCAGCUCGACCCUUUCCCAAUGGGCAGUACUCACCUGUGCCAGGGUCCUGCAGUGGUGGCCUUGUGAGGAGCUGUGAACUGAAAAUGUCUGACGGUCUGGAUAAUGAAGAAAAACCCCCAGCUCCUCCAUUGAGGAUGAAUAGUAACAACCGAGACUCUUCAGCACUCAACCAUAGCUCCAAACCACUUCCCAUGGCCCCUGAAGAGAAGAAUAAGAAAGCCAGACUUCGCUCUAUCUUCCCAGGAGGAGGGGAUAAAACCAAUAAGAAGAAAGAGAAAGAACGCCCAGAGAUCUCUCUUCCUUCAGACUUUGAGCAUACGAUUCAUGUGGGGUUUGAUGCAGUCACCGGGGAAUUCACUCCAGAUCUCUAUGGCUCACAGAUGUGCCCAGGGAAGCUCCCAGAGGGAAUUCCUGAACAGUGGGCUCGGUUACUCCAAACCUCCAACAUCACAAAACUAGAACAGAAGAAGAACCCACAAGCUGUUUUAGAUGUUCUCAAAUUCUAUGAUUCCAAAGAAACUGUCAACAACCAGAAAUACAUGAGCUUUACAUCAGGAGAUAAAAGCGCACAUGGAUAUAUAGCGGCACAUCCUUCAAGUACAAAAACAGCCUCUGAGCCUCCAUUGGCUCCUCCCGUAUCUGAAGAAGAAGAUGAAGAGGAGGAGGAGGAAGAAGAUGACAAUGAGCCCCCACCUGUUAUUGCACCAAGACCAGAGCAUACAAAAUCUAUCUAUACUCGUUCUGUGGUUGAAUCCAUUGCUUCACCAGCAGCACCAAAUAAAGAAGUCACACCACCUUCUGCAGAGAAUGCCAAUUCCAGUACUUUGUAUAGAAAUACAGAUCGACAAAGGAAGAAAUCUAAGAUGACAGAUGAGGAGAUCCUAGAGAAGCUAAGAAGCAUUGUCAGUGUUGGGGACCCAAAGAAAAAGUACACACGAUUUGAAAAAAUUGGUCAAGGGGCAUCAGGUACUGUUUAUACAGCACUAGAUAUUGCCACAGGACAAGAGGUCGCUAUAAAGCAGAUGAACCUUCAACAGCAACCCAAAAAGGAAUUAAUUAUUAAUGAAAUUCUGGUCAUGAGGGAAAAUAAGAACCCCAAUAUUGUUAAUUAUUUAGAUAGCUACUUAGUGGGUGAUGAACUGUGGGUAGUCAUGGAAUACUUGGCUGGUGGCUCUUUGACGGAUGUGGUCACAGAGACAUGUAUGGAUGAAGGACAAAUAGCAGCUGUCUGCAGAGAGUGCCUCCAAGCUCUGGAUUUCUUACACUCAAACCAAGUGAUCCAUAGAGACAUAAAGAGCGACAAUAUUCUCCUCGGGAUGGAUGGCUCUGUUAAAUUGACUGAUUUUGGGUUCUGUGCCCAGAUCACUCCAGAGCAAAGUAAACGAAGCACUAUGGUGGGCACCCCCUAUUGGAUGGCACCUGAGGUGGUGACUCGAAAAGCUUAUGGUCCAAAAGUUGAUAUCUGGUCUCUGGGAAUCAUGGCAAUUGAAAUGGUGGAAGGUGAACCCCCUUACCUUAAUGAAAAUCCACUCAGGGCAUUAUAUCUGAUAGCCACUAAUGGAACCCCAGAGCUCCAGAAUCCUGAGAGACUGUCAGCUGUAUUCCGUGACUUUUUAAAUCGCUGUCUUGAAAUGGAUGUCGAUAGACGAGGAUCUGCCAAGGAGCUUUUGCAGCAUCCGUUUUUAAAAUUAGCCAAGCCUCUCUCCAGCCUGACUCCUCUGAUUAUCGCUGCAAAGGAAGCGAUUAAGAACAGCAGCCGCUAGGACUGCAAGCCUUACCCCUCACUAUCUCCCUCAUGAGCAAGAUUGAACUAAAACUUUGCUUCAGGAAAGAUAGAAGAAAAGACAGUCAGAUGGGUGGGGGUUCAUUAACUUUCAAAUGAAUAGAAACUUCUUAUAAGCCUUUUUUCCUAUUCCCUCAGAUUAUGUAAUUUAUUUGUAAGCCUGAAUCGCAGCCCAAACAGGGCAGCAAUGUUGAAGUGGCCAUCAAGUGGUCACUUCCACCGUGAAGCGAAAGAGCCAGUAGUGAAUCCCCUCAUUUUGUGCAUUCACUUUGAAGAAAAAGGUUUCUCAAAGAUGCACACUCCCUCUUCAUAGUGUCGUGUUUGUUUUUAAGUUAGAGAGUAGUCCCUCUUGCAUUCAAACCUCCUUCGAAACCCCUUACCCAAUGUGAUGUUUUCACUUGCAUUGUCAUUAGCUGUCCAAAAAAAAAGAUGUCAAAUGUUUUUUUAAAGAAAAACAAAAACACAAAGAAAAAAAAACAAAAACAAAAAAAAACAGCAAACAAAAAAAUAGAGCAAGUACUGUGUGAAUAUGUGGAACUCCAUGCCCUAAUAGAGUUGCAAUUUUUUAUUCUUCUUCUAUAGUGGUGGCUUUGUUUGUGUACCUAUUUUUCUGCAUUUGUACUGGAAAAGGUUUCUUUUAAAAUGUUUUUGGAAAGCAGAAGGGAAUAUGUGUGUUCAGGAAGGGCUUUAGCAAAUUCUGUAUCUAAAUAAAGCUCAAAUGGUGAAAUCCUGUCACAUUUUCACAAGGAUACUUAAGAGGUAAUCUGUCAGGUAAACCAGCUUGUUAAUUUUCAUGAUACUGAAAAAAGAACACACUGAAAAGGGCAUCCUUUCUGGGUGAGCCCAGGUCCUGAACCUUGGAAACACUGAUAGGUAAAACCAUGACUUAAAUAAAGAUGGGACUUUCUCUGAAAGCCAAAAGGAAAAUAGGACACAUAUAUGACACUAAAAUCCUUGUUGGACAUUACAGUAAAAAAGGUAAAGACACAUAAUUUAAGACUCUCUCAUGCUUGUGGAACACAUGCACUGUAAAACAGGCACAUCAGGAGGAAAUAUAUCCAUUACCCAGCAUUUGUUUAUGAUGAAAUGGUUUAACUUGCAAUUUUUAACACUUUAGAAUUUUUUUGAAAAUAAAAAAAAAACAUAAUAACCAUUCAACUCUAAGAAAUGGGAUAUGAAUGAAAGAUACAUCCCAGUCAACAUUUGCUUCUAAACACUUCUUCCCAUUUUUUCUGUUUGCCACGAAUUUCUGUUGCAGAAUAUAGUGUGUUCAUAUUUAGCUCACUGGGCUUUUCAACUUCAAAUUCCUAUUCAACAAUGACCUUAAAGUUAUUUACUGAAAAUAAUUAUGGCUUGAAAUCAUAUAUUCCAUGAAAUAUCAGUCCAACUGAAUUCCUUUUGUAGCUUGGGGAAAACACUAAAAUUUGACUAUUAUUUCACCAUUUAUCUAUUUCUUAAAAUCCAGCAGUCACUACUUCCUGAAUCUUCUGAGAGUAGAAAAGUACCUGGAAGGUGUAUGUACAGAAAAGGAUAUGCUUCUUUUAUUGUCAAUUUUACAAAUUUUGGAAAGUUGUUUCUCUAAACCUUUGAAGACCUAACAGUCUAUGCUGUAGAAGACUUUUUAGUUUGUAGUAUAUAAGAAAUUUGAAUAGAACCUAUCUACAUUCAGCAAGAAGGAGAAAGGUCAAUAACGUAGGUCUCUCUUCUUCUCUGCAAAGUACAUCUAUCCAUGCAUUCAUCCAUGUACCCAUCCAUCCAUCCUUUCUUCAAAAUGAAAGCAUUUUCUUUAGAAUUUCUACUACCCAUAUAGUGCAUGUGUUUAUGUUUAGAAGAUAUCAUUGAUGAAUUUCCUAUUGUUUCAUUUGAUUAUAAAAUUUGGGAGGGUCUUGACUGAAAAAAAAUUGUCCACAGUGGGAUAAAAUAACAAAUACGACAAGAAAUCAAAUGGUAAUAUUAAUUUGAAACAUAGUAUAAUAUACUUUGCAAAGAAGUAUCUGGGUCUAAAAUUUUUAAUUCUAUACUGCUCUAAUGAGACAGACAGACCAUGAUUUUGGUUCCAUUUAAAGUCGUGUUUUUUUUUUUUUUUUUCUCAUAACGCCAGGUAAUUCAAUGAAAUACCUGGGAUGCAAAUAAAAUCAUGCACAUUGGUGAUAAUAGUCUUGCCAAUGUAGAGCCUAAAACCUGGUUGGGAAGCAACUAGUGAUUAGUUAGCAUCCCUUAUAUGUUGUAAAGGCAAUUUGUUUAUUUUGUUUUCUUUUGUUGUUUUGGAGACCUUGGAGGGGUGAUCGUUCAGAUCACUGUAGGCAGAGAAAUGGCUGCCCUUUAUGCUUUUAGUUCAGCAUAUUAACAGUGCAGAGCCAGGUACUACUUUAACAACACUUUGUACCAAGACUUGAUGGUGACAUAUCCUAGUAGGUUUUAUUCUUACAAAUUUAUUUAUAUUUAUGUAAAUUUUCCAAUGAGAACAGCGUCUAAAGCGCCUUCCCUGUGUUGAAGAGUUAUGUAUAUUUCUAAUAUGUAUUAGCAAGAAGCUGCUUCUUGUGCCAAAGUGAUGCUGAAGGAUUCACAUUUGGUACAGUUGAUUCAAUUUGGACUCCAGAUGGUUAAUAGUUUCUUUCCUUUCUUUGAAUUUUUUAGCUCAUCUUGACGCAGGUGAGUUUAUCCAGAUCUUUAAUGUUGCUGGUGUGCCCUAGGAUAAUGAGGGCACGUCAUUGAAUGUUGACUCCAAAAUGUCCUGAGUUAGGAGUAGGGCAAAGUCAGGGAAGGGUGUGAAGCACAGUAGAGAGUAUUUAUUUAAGAAAGUAAAGAACAUUGAUGUUGUAGCAAGGAUCCGGUGCAUUGUCAUGAUCCCAUAAGAAUUUUGGGAAGACAGUCCCUUUGAAUCAGUCACCACGUUGGGUAAUGACUUCUUUCUUGCUGAUAUUGUCUAUGUGUCAUUGUAAAUAUUCGUGUGUCCAUGUUCCACUUUGGCUACUGGAUGGCCAUGUCACAUGAGAAGAUUUAAUUCAAGUAUUUAUUCUUUAGCUGUGUCAUUCAGAUUUCUUUCAGGCUUGUGAAUUGCACACCAACGUUUGAGUUUAACCACCUGAUAAUCACAUCUAUCCCUCCCCUGUGAAGCACAUUCCAUUGCUAAAAGAAAUACAAAAUUGCUUCCUGUUGUCUAUAUAACUGUUUUGAUAGUUUGAGGUGUUUAUCUAUAGAGGAUAUUUCUCAGCUCAAAGAUCAUGUAAAUAAUUAUAUUCCUUUGCUCAGUGGGUUAUUUCUAAUGAGGCUGCCAGUUCGCAGAGAUCCCAUAAUAUCAGUUUUAAAUAGCAUAAACAGGAAUUGCUACUAUAUAAAAAUAAGUGCACAUAUGAGCAAAGACGAGGAACACAGAUAAUGGAAAUCAUUGGCAUCAGGUAGGCAGGAAUAUGUGACUUAUUUUCCUUUUGAAAUUUUCUUUGAUGUUGCUGUAAUAUUACUUUAUAAUAAAUAAACAUCAGAAAGGGAAUUUUAGAAGCAUAGAAAAGACUCCAGAGCACAUGCUUUCUGGCCAGAGCCCAGAGCAUGCAGGGCACAGACACUUGUGGGUUACAAUUAUUCCAUAGGCUUUGUACUUACCUGCGUGUGAAGGUUAGCACAAGCAGAGGUAUGGCACAUCCCUUCUUAGGAGACUAAUCCCUGUGUCAAAGCUAAUGAGAUGUUACUACUGUAACUCCAAAUGUAUUCUUCUUUAAAACAGGUGUCUAUUUUUGGCUACUUUAGAUAGAAGGGGUGACCAUGUGUUUAACUCCCUUGGUUAGCAUUUACAUCUGGUACCACAUUUCUGAGUCAUUUUAGCAGAUUUUCAAGUUCAACUUUGGGGUAAUAAGAACUAGGGUAAUAAAGUCCCUAGUUCUUACCAUUGCCAUGAGCAACAAGAUGUAUCAUUCAGGUAGAAUUCUUCUUUUAGUUACCAAUGAUCACAUCCCACUGAUGUCAAGAGAAAUUAUGAUUUGCAAUUAAAAGCUGACUCUAAAACCAUUCAGACAGAUAUUUAGGAUCGUCUCUGCUUGGUGGCAUUCAGUUAUGCUCCGAUUAGUUCUGGCUUAAGAUGAUCUCCAUGUGUUUUUACACUGCAUAAUUAUAGGCUGUAUGCAGGAAGUGUGACUUUCAGAGAAAGAGAGACCAUCUACUAAAGAGAAGAAUAUCCUUCUAACUCACCAAAGAAACUUCAGGCUAGAACUUCAAUAAUAUGUUACUUAUCAUCAAUGCCUAGAAAAACUCACAGGAUUGUCAUUGGCUAUUUUAAGUAUAAAAUGAAAGUCUCAAGCCUGCCAUCUGCACCUGAAUUCCAUGUUCCUUUUCUGAGCUAUUUGCCAUUAACAUUCAAUUAAGUAAAGGCAUAGCCAGUGGUGCAAGCAUCUCCCAGUCUCUAAGCAAAAGGCUGAAAUCCAGCAUUUGUAACCUGACAGUCUAAUGGGGCCUCAGAUUCGAGUGAACUUAAUGUGCAGUUCUGAAUAUAUAUUUGCAUGUGGAUUAGGAAGGAAAUAAAUGGGACCUUGGAAAUAAUGGGAUUGUUUUUCUAUGAAAGAGCUUUUCAUAAAAGACACAUAAGACAGAUAAUCUUUCUCUUAGUUAGCUUUCACUUUUUCAUUUUUUUUGAACCACAUUCCUGUAGUGGGUUAAAUGAAUGUAACCCAAUUUAUCAGGCAUUAGAAUGUCUGUUUAAGACUAUAAAGAGUAUCUACCUGAAUCUGCAGGUGCGGGAACCAUGACUACAUCACCUCCACAUGCACACUUCUGCAUAUAAUUACCUAUAUUACUUGUAGCAUUUACUGACAGUUAAUUUGUUGAAACUUGCAAGAUAUAGUUGGUCAGUGCCAUCAGAGUGUCCUGCAGAAACUGCUAUCAGGUGAAUUCUAUCCCAUGAUACCAACAGUAAGGCAGGCAGCAUGCUCAGCUGAUCGAGUACCUAAGAAGAAAAAUUAGUGACAAUUUGAGAGAAAUGAGUCAGAUGUGGUGGAAAGAAUACUGGCCUAGAAAGGAGACCUGGAUUCUAAUAAGGGCUUUAUGAAAAACCUACAGCAUAACCCUAGACAAGUCCCUUAACUUUUCUAUUGAUGUUUCCUCAUCUGUAAAACAAAGAUAUCAGACUAACUGCUAUCCAAGCUCUUUGCAAAUUUCUACAUUCUACAGCAUAAAUUGUCUUACAAAUUCAAUCUGCUGAACUGAUAGCAAAACCACAUGCUUAAGCCUGGGUCUCUUAUGAUGCAAUGAAACUCUAGAACUACAUAAGAUGCAAAAACUCAAAUAAAUGAUGUUAAUAAUACUAGAGAAUAUUGAUUAAACUUGUGGCAGCCCUCCAGUUUAUUCACAAUUGUUUUUGUUGUAAUGGUUUUUAUUCUCUGUUGAAUGUCCCCAGUUUUUAUUUUCCAUAUACUAUGUAAAACCUGGUUUUCAUUGAGCUGUGGUCAGUAUUUGCUACUAGAGGAGAAAUACACUGUCACAUUUGCUAAAAUACAAUUGUACUUGGGCCUCUCCUUUCCUGUAAAGCAGUGCUGGGCCUUCUAGAUUUAAAUUCAUAAGUGGCACAAAAUGGCAGAUCUCAUACAUUUCAGUGGCUGAAAAUACAAGUAUAGACCUAAGCAUUAGCACGGGCCAGAGAGAAAUGAAAAAGUAAAUAUAUGCUUUUGGUAUUAAGAAGUCUUAACAAACUUAAUUGUUGGAACCCAAAGAUAGUAUUUCCAAUGACAGCUUUCCCAGUGAUUAGCCAGUUGUGUGAGUAUGCUGCUAGAAAGAGGAUAAAUCAGAAGCUAGUGAAGGGUCCCAACUGCCUGCUACAGCAGAGUGCCAAGCAGCCCUGAGUGGGAAACUCAAGUUCAGUGUCUGUGCUUGUGUGUGGUGUGCUUUAUGGACCCACAUAUAUUAGAUUCAUUAGUGACAAUAAGAUCUACAACAGAAUUCAAUAACCAUUAAUGGGUUGAGUUUAAAAUACAUCAGCCAGUAGGAGCCAGAUUACAAGGAUAUUUAUGUCUACUAGGAUUAUACACAUAACAUCCAGGUAAAAUAAAUUAAAGAAGAUCUACAUUUUCACUGUUUGACAGAAUUGUAUCUCAUUUGGCUGUGCAUUACUUUGUCAAAAUGUGUUAUCUGUAAACCCAUGUGUAGUGAAAUUCUUCUGUAACUUUGGAUUAAAGGUAUUUAUGGUCUUUUUGUUUGUUUGAUUUUUAAGUAAGUUAUUUCUUUUGUAGGCUUGCUGAUGGUAUGGUUCCAUCCUUAUGCCUUCAGCAUACAAUCUUUUUUAAAGGAUUUUUGUUUCCAAUAUUGUUAUUUUAAAUUGUGGUUGAAGCAAUAGAAAAUUGAAAUAUGGAUUGUGCAUGACUGUGUCUUGAGUGUAAAAAUAUUGCAGUUUGAAACUUGGACCUAAA